GAAACGAAAACAAGCAGAAGCGAAAACCAGAAAGCGCUUUCACAGUAACUAAAAAAAAAGAGUGAGUGUUUGUUAACAAAAGCGAUUAUUUCAACAUGCCUAUCAGAAACAUCGCCGUAGGAACACCUCAAGAGGCAACUCACCCAGACACCUUGAAAGCAGGUUUGGCUGAGUUCAUCUCAACCUUCAUCUUUGUCUUUGCCGGUUCAGGUUCCGGUAUCGCAUACAACAAGCUUACCAACGACGGUGCUGCCACCCCUGCCGGUCUCAUCUCUGCCUCCAUCGCCCAUGCAUUCGCUCUCUUUGUUGCUGUCUCCGUUGGUGCUAACAUCUCCGGUGGACAUGUCAACCCCGCUGUCACCUUCGGUGCCUUCGUUGGUGGUAACAUCACCCUCCUCCGUGGUAUCGUUUACAUCAUCGCUCAACUCCUCGGAUCCAUUGUUGCUUCCGCCCUCCUUGUCUUUGUCACCGCUUCGUCUGUUCCAGCAUUCGGACUAUCAGAGGGAGUUGGAGUUGGACCAGCUUUGGUGUUGGAGAUUGUGAUGACCUUUGGAUUGGUGUACACAGUGUAUGCUACAGCCGUUGACCCAAAGAAGGGUAACAUUGGAAUUAUUGCACCAAUUGCUAUUGGUUUCAUCGUUGGUGCUAACAUUUUGGUUGGUGGAGCCUUCACCGGAGCAUCCAUGAACCCAGCAGUGUCAUUCGGGCCUGCUGUUGUGAGCUGGAGCUGGUCCAACCACUGGGUCUACUGGGCUGGCCCACUUAUCGGUGGUGGAAUUGCUGGACUUGUCUAUGAGGUUCUCUUCAUCAACAGCACCCACGAGCAGCUCCCAACUACUGACUACUAGAUGGGAAAUGAAAUUUGAAAUUCUGUAUUAUUGAAUUCCUCGAUGAUUUCUUUCUUUUUAUUUUAUGUGAAUGUUAAUUUCCUUUCUUGUGUCCUUUUUUAAUUAUUGAGGGUGGAUUGUUUCUUUUCUGUUGAAAAAUGGUGCCCGUUGAUCUUUGGUUGUACGUUGGUUAGUGAAGUGAUGUUGGAAUGGUUAAAUUAUUUUGUACAUGCUUGGCCUAGCAGGUUCUUAGUCAGCAGGUCCACCACUCAAUCAAUGUUAUAAUUUCGCCUCUGCUUCGUUGUAUGAUUGAUUCAA